AUGGAGUCCAAACAGACUGAUCUCUGGGUGGUGCUCUUUGUCACGUUUACAGCGGCGACUAUCGUCACAAUACUCCGUCUGUUGAGUCGUAGGCUCAAGAGAAAUUCUCUGUCGUGGGAUGACUAUUUUGCGCUCUGCGGUUAUGCCAUUUCCAUUGGUUGGAUCGUUAUUAUCCCUUACUGGAUCAACCGCGGCCUUGGACUUCAUAUCAUGGAUGUUUUGGAUGUCAAAGGCAUAACGCUCGACAAAGCACUCUACGAAAGCAAGCUCGUACUCUUUGUUGCAGAGCUUUUCUAUGCUUUCGGCCUCUUCUUUGCCAAGGUCUCUAUCUUAAGUCUGUACUGGCGUAUGUUUUGCAUCACGAAUAUUAGACUUCCAAUUCAAAUUCUAUUUGGAUGCUCUAUAACAUGGAUUAUCUUCCGAAUUUUUAUGGGGAUAUUUCAUUGCGUCCCCGUACAGGCUUUCUGGGACUCUACUGCCGGCGGGUACUGCGCCAUCGAGGACAAAAAGUUCUUCUUCGGAACUACUUUAGUUCAUAAUAUUAUUGAUAUCGCCAUCCUGGUUCUGCCUAUGUUGGAGAUUGGAAAGCUGCAGCUGCCUAUUCUGCAAAAGGCUGGCAUUAUGAUUAUGUUCACGUUCGGUUUCUUUAUUUGCGCGGCCGGCAUUCGGUUGAUUGUCGCCGCUAGAGUGUUUGACGAUACAUCACCAGAUCUGACGUGGAAUAUCGUAACAAUCGUUAUUUGGGCAACAGUCGAGGUGAACCUUAUUAAUGUUUCUGCUUCUCUCCCCGUAAUCCGUCCAGCAUGUACCUUUAUCUUCACCUGCACAAACCCGAGAACAGUCACUGGCGCAAGCUCAAACAGCUACGGAAACUCAUCCAGCCGCAGUCAAAGGAAGCAGUCCAUUCGCCUCGAUACCAUAAGCAUGAGUGCUCCCAACGACGAGUCCAGUUCAACCCACCAGCUGGCCGUUUCAGAUGAUGGUAGUGGUCGCGGCUUAGUGUCCGAGUUUGAGAGCCAUACAGCCGAUCAAUACCACCCAAGUGGCAUCAAAUACACAUCAACUCUCAUGGGGCAGAGUGGAGCUGGAGCCGGAGGGUUUGAGUCAGACCUGAGUCAAAUUUCCAUCACGAAUGAGAUAAUAGUAGAUGGUUCUAAGCAACCCUGGCCAGGCAGCUUGGAAACAGUGUGA